UGAAAAAUUCAUUCGUUGUAUAUAAGACGACAGUUUCUCAGCAAACUACAAACAUUUCCUGAGUCAAGCUAAGCAACAUAUAUUAAAGUGACAAAAAAGUGAAAAUAAAAACAUAAAAAUAUUAAAGAUGCCCUGCAAAAAUUGUGAACAAAGAUGCAACUGCACUUCCACUCAAUGCGGAAAAGGCUGCGAAUGUGUUAAAGAUUGCAAAUGCCAUUGCAAGGACGGAGAGAAGAAAGAUUGCUGCAAGAACUGAGAACUUGUCUGAAAAGAUGUUUUCUACAUUCUGUGUGAUCUUCCACUAAACUAUAUUUAAUCAUCUAUAACUUAUUCAGAACUUUUUACUUUUGGACUUAAAGUAUUAUAAUGUGAAUCAAUUUUCAAAGUUGCAAUAAAGAUUUUUUACAAUUUUAAAUUCUAAAAAA